AUGAAGAGUCUGCUGCUGAGUCUGGUCCUUGGUCUGGUUUGUGCCCAGGAACCUCAACCUGAACAAGAUCCCUUUGAGUAUUUCUUUUUAGCUUCAGGAAAAUGGAUAACCAGCUACAUAGGUUCUAGUGACCUGGAGAAGAUUGGAGAAAAUGCACCCUUCCAGGUUUUCAUGCGUAGCAUUGAAUUUGAUGACAAAGAGAGCAAAGUAUACUUGAACUUUUUUAGCAAGGAAAAUGGAAUCUGUGAAGAAUUUUCGCUGAUCGGAACCAAACAAGAAGGCAAUACUUACGAUGUUAACUACGCAGGUAACAACAAAUUUGUAGUUAGUUAUGCGUCCGAAACUGCCCUGAUAAUCUCUAACAUCAACGUGGAUGAAGAAGGCGACAAAACCAUAAUGACGGGACUGUUGGGCAAAGGAACUGACAUUGAAGACCAAGAUUUGGAGAAGUUUAAAGAGGUGACAAGAGAGAACGGGAUUCCAGAAGAAAAUAUUGUGAACAUCAUCGAAAGAGAUGACUGUCCUGCCAAGUGA